CGCUCGUUGUCAUUUGGCAGUGCAGGGCUGACCCACUUCACUGAAUGAACUGUGUGUGUGAGUGUGUGUAUGGCGAAUAGAUGCGCUGCAGAACAUCGCGAAUGAUGAACGCCGCUCGGACACUGUUUACUUUAUCAUUAUGUUGUCUCGGUUUUAUUCAAGCCAAAUCCCCGAUGCGGUCCUGUCCCAGCGGACAGUUCUUACUAAAAAAUCAGUGCGUUCUCUGUCACCCCACCUGCACGGAGUGUGAGGGUCAUGAGCUAUACGAGUGCACCGCUUGUGGUUUAGAUGAGGAGGGGAAUGAGCGCUUCCUGUAUCAGGGUCACUGCAGACUACACUGCCCGCGAGAGUUUUAUCCGGACCGAGACCAGUACACCUGCCUUCCAUGUAUGCCUAAUUGUGAGAUCUGUGCUGAUGCCAACGUGUGUGCCAAGUGCAGAGAAGGAUACAAGCUUCAAAGUGGCAUCUGUCUGACAGUCCUGUGUGGAGUUGGUCAGGUUCAGGACCCGGAUACACGAGAAUGUAUAGACUGCGGUAUCGGCUGUAAAACAUGUUCCACAGAUGAGCCGGAGGUUUGCAACAGCUGCACAGACGGCUACUUCCUAUACAGACACCAGUGUCGUCAGCACUGUCCCCAGAGGACGUAUGAGGACCGGGGUAGAGGACUGUGUAUCAGCUGCACAGAUCCGUGUGUGGACUGCUGGAACGAUGUCCUGUGUCUCACUUGCCAGAGCGGAUACUUCCUGAACAACGGCACCUGUGUGAAGGACUGCCCAGCAGACACAUUUAAAGACACCAGAGGGUGGCGCUGUCAGCCCUGUCACAGCUCCUGUCUGACCUGUCAUGGCCCUGGAGUGAGAGACUGUGACAGAUGCAGUGGCUGGAGCCGCCCAGUUUACGGGAAGUGCCCGGUGAUCAGCUGCCUCGAAGGCCAAUAUGUUGAUGGGGAAAGUCGCACUUGUCGUUUCUGUGAUGGAUCUUGCCUGACAUGUUACGGUCCCAAGGCUCAGAAUUGCAUCACCUGUGCUACCGGAUACAUGUUGGAGCAGGAGUCCGUGUGUGUAGACCGCUGUCCUCUGGGUUUCUUUGGAAACAGCUCCAGUUUGUUGUGUGAGAGGUGUUCUGCUAACUGUGAGGCCUGUGAGAGCAGAGACGAGUGUGUGAGCUGUAAGACGGACUCUUACCAGCUCUAUCUGUUCCAGGGCAGCUGCUGGUCUGAGUGCCCAGAAGGUUAUUUUGAGACUGAGCUGGGGACAUGUGAACCCUGUGAUGAACUCUGUCUGACCUGCGAUGGGACAAGCACGCAGUGCCUUUCGUGUCGAGAAGGCCUUCAUCUGGCCAACGGGCAGUGCAAGCAAAACUGCGCCCCCAUGAGCUACGUGGCAGAAGACGGCACAUGCAGACGCUGUGCUACUCACUGUGACGUGUGCAACAAUUUUUACACCUGCACUAGGUGCAGUUUUCUCUAUUUGCUCUUAAACGGAGCAUGUAAGGCGGUCUGUCCGAAGGGUUACUUUGAAGAUUUGGAUAAGGGGGUCUGUGUGAGCUGCCAUCCCACCUGUGCCACCUGCUCUGGUCCCCUAUCUGACGACUGCGAGACCUGCUCUUCCCUCACCCCGAAACUCUACGAGGGCACGUGUUUGGAGGUGUGCCCAACGGGCACUUAUUACCAGACCUCUGAUAAAGAAUGCCAGGAAUGUCACCAGACCUGUGCACGCUGUGAAGGUCCUGAGCCCACCCAGUGUCUGCAGUGUGAAAAGAGUCUCGUUCUUGAUCCCAACACCAUGAUGUGUGGGGUUACCGGGGAUUCAGACUGCCCACCCAGAACGUUCCUCCAAAACAACCAGUUCACUUGCCAAGCAUGUCAUCGGCUCUGCCAGUCCUGCGAGGGGCCGGGACCCACUGACUGCCAGACCUGUGCCCUGCCCAACUACCUCCACAAUGGUUCAUGCGUGAGCAAAUGUCCUGUGGGAACUUACAGUGCCCAUGAGGAGGCCGACGGGGUAGAUCUGGGUUUCUGUAUGCCCUGUGAUCAUGUGUGUGCCACCUGCACCGGGGCGUCUCCCAGAGACUGUCUGAGCUGUGCACCAGGCUACCUUCAUCUCCUCUCUCAUCUCUGUGUCAGCCACUGUCCCACAGGGUACUACAGCUCAGAGGAGCGCUGUGAGAAGUGUGACCGUUCCUGUGAGCAGUGCACGGGCCCAGGGCCGGACGCCUGCCGGGUGUGCACACCUCCUUUGUUGGACCUGCAGGGCACCAGACAGUGUGUGGAUCAGUGUCCACAGCGCUUUUUUGAAAGCCGGCUCAGCUGCAGACAGUGCCACACCAGCUGCAAGUCCUGCACAGAUAGCACUCCUCAGGGAUGUGUGACGUGUGACUGGGGUAGCGUCCUGCAGGAUGGCGUGUGUUACCCUCGCUGCGAGGAGAGUCGAUAUUACUCACAGGGUGGAAUUUGUGAACCCUGUGAUGAGACCUGUAGACAUUGUUCCAGUGCCGGGCCCAGGAACUGUCUCACCUGUAAUUCAGGUUUUGCCCUACAUGCCACUGACAGUCAGUGUGUACCCUGCUGCAAGUCGGGGCAGAAGGACAGGACGUGUUGUCUCUGCGAAACAGGCUCAGCAUUAUGUCUUGAGGCACCUGUUCCGAGUAAAACUCAGGAUGAAGUUAUUCUAAGGUCCCAAGCGGUACAGCACGCAUCUGCAGCCUUACCCGCUGCUCUGCUGCUAGCUGUAGUGCUAGCUCUAGUGGUGUUUGCUCUGGUACAGGCAAGGGCCAAAAAAAGGUUAUGCUGGAGACAGAGCUACGAACGGCUGAGCGGGGAGGCCAGUUCCCGGCCCAUGCCCCACGGAGUACCAGAACCAGAGGACAGCGGAGACGAGGCAGAUGUGGUCUACACCAGCCGAGAUGGAUCUGUCUAUCGGCGCUACGGUUUCAUCCACGAGCCAGACACGGAGGAGGAGCAGGAUGAGGAGGACGCUACUGAGAACACACAUCUCAACAGAACCUAAAAUAUGAUCACUAAAUAAAUUCUACUAAUUCUUUACACGCACACUUCUGUGGUCAAAACUAGUGGUCGACCGAUAUUGAUUUUUUUGAUAACUGAUG